GCAAAAGUGGGAAUUAUUGGUGGUGGCCCAUUUUCUCUCACCCCAUGUCUUCUACUCUGCGUUGUCCAGAGCGAGAGAGGAGCGCUGACGAUGGCUAAUCUCUUCAUUCUUAAGGUCCCCAGUUGCAGUUCCGCCUUAAGGAGUGUCUCUGUUUCAGCUUCAUCAAAUGGCGCUCAUCCGUUAUCAGCGGGCAGCGGCAGCGGCAGCGGGCCAGUGAUCCUGGAGCUUCCUCUGGAAAAGAUUCGGCGACCUCUAAUGAGGACCAGAGCCAACGACCCCAACAAAGUCCAAGAACUAAUGGACAGUAUACAAGAAAUUGGGCUUCAAGUACCCAUUGAUGUACUUGAAGUUGAUGGAGUUUAUUAUGGCUUCUCUGGUUGUCAUCGUUACGAGGCUCAUCAACGCCUCGGACUUCCUACAAUCCGCUGCAAAAUUCGCCGUGGAACAAAAGAAACCCUGAGGCACCACAUGCGGUGAAGUUUCAGUAGGUUGGCUGCUGGUGGUGAAUUUGCAAAUGCAAGUUCUAUCAAACUAUCUAUUAUUUUUGACUGCCAUAAAAAACUAUUACUGGAUACUUGAAACAAGCAUGUGUAUAUAUCAUUGCAAAUACUCUGUGUCAAAGUUUACCUGUAAAUAAACCAUUACUUCUAAAUUCAUUAACAUUUUUAAAACUUCUGUAAACUUGGGCAAAAUGCAAUCCAAGUUGCUGCCUUGAAAGAGGCAAAAGAAAGUGAUGAUGUUAUUGAUGUUGAGGUUUGUUUCAGGAUCAAA